CCUGGGGCAGAGCGGCCGACGCGCGCUCCGCUGCCGACUCCGCUUCCUGCCGGCGCGGGGCGGGACCGGCGCUGCCUGCCUCUCUCCGCCCCGCUCGGGCCCGUGAGCGCGGGCCAUGGCGGCUAGAAACGCGGGCACGGAGCUGGAGCUUGGCUGGAUCUCCAAAGUGUAUGUGAAUCCACCUGCAGUUGUAAGGCAUGCAGAACAAAUUCAGAAAUGGCACACUGUGAAAGGUAAUUGGCAAGCUGCUUGGCUGUUGAAAGCUGUCACCUGCAUAGACCUUACCACUCUCUCUGGUGAUGAUACUCCUUCAAACGUUCACAGACUGUGUUUUAAAGCUAAGCACCCCAUCAGAGAGGAUCUACUGAAAGCCAUGGAUAUGCAUGAUAAAGGUAUUACUGUUGCAGCAGUUUGUGUAUAUCCUGCAAGAGUCACUGAUGCUGUUAACGCCCUGAAGGCUGCUGGUUGUAAUAUACCAGUAGCUUCAGUGGCUGCUGGGUUUCCAUCUGGACAAACUCCUCUAGAAACGAAACUGGCUGAAAUAAAGCUGGCUGUGCAGUAUGGUGCCAGAGAGAUUGACAUUGUCAUUAGCAGGAGCCUGGUGCUGAGCGGCCAGUGGGAAGGUCUGUAUGAGGAGAUCCGCCAGUGCCGUGAGGCCUGUGGAGAAGCUCACAUGAAAACAAUCCUAGCAACAGGUGAACUAGGAUCCCUUGCUAAUGUCUACAAAGCCAGUAUGAUCGCUAUGAUGGCAGGUUCUGAUUUUAUAAAGACAUCUACAGGAAAGGAAGUGGAAAAUGCGACUCUACCAGUUGGAGUAGUCAUGAUGCGAGCCAUUAAAGAAUUCUACUGGCAAACUGGCUUUAAGGUUGGAUUUAAGCCUGCUGGUGGCAUUCGGACAGCGAAAGAAGCUAUUACUUGGCUUAUGCUGGUAAAAGAGGAACUGGGAGUGGAAUGGCUGAAACCAGAGCUCUUUCGCCUUGGUGCUAGUAGUUUGUUGGAAGACAUUGAGAAACAGAUUUUCCACCACGUGACUGGCUCUUAUGCACUUCAACACGACCUGGCAAUGGCUUAAACACAAAAUCAACUCAGGAUUAUUUUUAUAAAAGAAGCCUUUAAAAAAGCAGCAUUCAGAAGUCUUCUGACAACUGAGUGCGUUUGAUAGAAUUAAAGGCGUAAUUCUCUCUUCUUCAUAUAUCACAGCAUUUAAAAAUAUGCUCAAGUCUGCUGGUUGUACUUGAUCAAAAAAUGGAAAAAAAUGGUAAUUCUGAAACAGUUAAAUAGUUAAUACUUACAGAUUUGCAAAGUUAAUCUUGCAAAGUCUUCCUCAGCCCCAGCCUGAAAAGCUUAUUAAUGGCAACACUGAAAUACUAGGAAAAAGAUUUGGGUGUCCUGGUAGCACUUUGCAGGUUGAGAAAUGAAGUAUCUAAAGAAUGUUUCAUAUUGCUAAUUAAGAGCUACAGAUCUUGAAACAGCUUUCCAUUCACCUCUGACUAGAUCUUUGGUAGGAAUAUGUUGCACUAUUAAUUGUUAUGUUGAUUCGGUUUCAAGCACUGUAACCUGAGAAAAUGAAACUUGGUUAUUUCUUUCUUUUAUAAAAUCUUGGUAGCAAAAAAACCUUUUUUUUUAUUUUUAUUUUUUUUAUUUUUUCCCCCAAACUUGGGCACAGACAUCCAUAUUUAGACCCUUGAAUAAAGGUGGCUUGAUUUCUAGAACAGCUGAGUAUCCACAGUUGCUCCUGAAGCUAAUGGGAGCUCUGGGUGAUCAGAACAACUGAAAAUCAAGCAGCCUCUAUAUAGGUGCCUAACUAUGCAUUCAGGAGGCUAUUUUCAGGCAUUUCACUCUUAAAAAUUUUAGUCUGUCUUGCUUAGAAGCUCCCAUUCCUGUCUCCUGUCAUUUUAAAACACAUUCAUGCAAAUCUUUGCAUUUUAAUGUAGAGGGGUUGAUUGUCAGUUUACAGGUUUCUACUCUAUGCUAUCUGAACUUCAACUUUUCCCUUCUAAGAGCAUUUCUGUAAUUUAUAAGAAUUGUGUCCUAUACAGAGUUUCAGCUUUAAUGAAAAAGUACUUUUCUCAGAGGACAUUAAGAAUAAUACCUAAAUCAUCAACACCUUUUGAAUAUCAGACUGGAGCUGGUAGAUUCAUUACUUCAGAGCUGCAUUCUACUCACUAACCGGAGUUGUACUAAAAUCUUAAUUAUCUUAUCAUCAUGACUAGUCUCACUGACUUAAGUAGGUCUCAUCAGGGAAGUAAGAGGAGGAGGAUUUUGCUAUAAAUCAAGCUACAAGGUGCAUUUAUUACAAAAAGAUCUUGACUUCAUAAAGAUAAUAACUCAGUUAUUUAUCUGGCUAAGCCACCUGAGUCGCUCUGUGAAACACUGCAUGGAGAGAUUUGGCCUUCUGAAGAGUCUUAGACAGCCUGAGGAAUAAGCAGAUGGCUGAGCAUUACUGGUUGUCUUUGUCUUGUCCCAUUCAAGAGACAGCUAGCAACAGCGCAAGCCCACCUAGGAAGCAGAGUGAGGGCUGGAGCCUGGCACUCCUACAUCACUCAUGGUAGUGCUGAGAGCCCCAGGCUGAGGUGAAGCUUGGCUCUUGGGUUGGUAGGUGCAUGACGAGGGGAGGCUGAGCAGGGUCAUGAGAGUCUUGGGGCUCAUGCUAACGCUGACCCAUGAGACAGCUAGAGCUGGAAGGAAGGGUCUGACAUGCAUUCCGAGUUCAAGUUGGAGAUUGGUGUAGCAGAGCGUAUGUCUCCACUGAUGGAGAACUGGAAACAUUUUCAAUGUGGUCUUUUGAGUUUGUACUUGCACUGGUGCCCUUAACCCUGACCAGCACUUCCUCUGCACUCUUCCAUUUCUUCCUCUCCUGGCUGACUGUUGGCUGCUAUUUAUUUCCCAUUGUCACAGAGGAAUUGAGACUUGCUAGGUUGUUGCAGCUGGUCAUAACAGCUGCACAAAGUGUAUGAAAGGAGAUGGGGACCUGAAAUCAGUAACCAGGAAGGGGGCAGCACACCACUGCUGAAUAGACUUUGAAAAAAGUUCAGAUUUAGCACUCUGCUUCAGGCCUUUAAAAAAGAAACAGGCAAUUAUGCCUGUUUAUCUGUAUGAUUACAUCUAUAUUUAGAUAAAUAUAUUUCAGAGUAUAACAUAUGUUUUGUGGAAGUCAGUCUAGUACACUAAUCAUUAUUUUUGUAACACUUAUUCAUUUAGGAUUUUAAAUAGCUUCGUUUUGUUGACUACCUCACUUUGCAAAUAAGUGAAUAAAUUCAAGAGGAAAGUCAAGUAGAAACUGCAAAUCUAGAAUAUCCUGCAUCAACUUAUUUACAAGAAGAGGGAAUUGGGAGAAGGGGUAAGCUUUUUUUCCUGGUUUGCAGGAAACAAAGAUAUUAAAUAGUAAUUAUAUUCAAAGUGCACGUAUCAGCUGGGGCAAGUAAUACUUUGAUAUCUUUAUUUCAUCAGUAGUAUAAGUUCAUUCUUUCAUUUCCUUUCUGAAGCAGAGAACAUACAUUAUACACAAUAGCACAUGCUUCUGAGACAGAAAAGGCUGAUCUACGUUUAAUUUUAUUUUGCUCAGUUGGAACUUUGGCUCCCUGCCUUCUCUGGGGAAAAAGAAGAAAGAAGAAAAAAAAAAAAAAAAAAAAAGGAACAGCAACUUUUAUCCAAAUCUUGGUGCACUUUUGCUGAAAUUACCAGUGCUGACAUCUGGAUGAUACAUAAAGUGUGCAGUAGGAGUAGAGGGAGGGAAUUGCAUUUAAUUAGAUGUAACCUACCCAGGAGAACAAGAUAGGGAAAUGUCCAUCUGGCCAGUUCUUAUUAAUAGGACAACAAAAGAUAAAAGUAGUAGUAUGCGAAGACACCAUUGUUGAAACUACCAGUUGACCACUUUUAUUAGAAUCCUAGACAGCCUGCACUGUAAGUUGAAAGGUAAGACUUGGAAAGAAAGGAGCAUCAAAAAAGGUGACAGUCCUUGCACGUCCUAAAAGGAAAGAAUAAGCAAGUGAUGGGUAGCCAUGAGUUCCAGACAGCUAUUUUGUAGAGAUCCUUCCUCUGAUCCAGACAAGUUACAGACCUUUUCUGCAAGGACCUACAGUAACAAAGGAAAGCGUGACAAAAUUGUUUUAGUGUCCUUUAAUAAAAUUUAACAUUGAUGCAAGAAGGAGUGCCAACAGGAUGCCCUAGCCAUUUCUGACGAGUCCAGUGAUUUUAAGUGGCUCUGGUUAGAGCACUAGGGUUAGCAUCCUGUGGGUUGCUAAUUCUUGGAAACUGCAUAAGAUGUGGUCUUCUAGAAGCAAAGCUUUCUUGAGGUUUAGCAGUUUCAGAUCACCCAGUUCAUAGGAGGUGUUUGAAAACACUGAACUAUAAAAGCAUCAAUUUAGAAUUGCUUCCUUAGCUGAGAAGAAAACAACUUUUUUAAGUGGUGUUAGCAAAUGGAGAAAGUGAUAGUGGAUUUUAUUACACUUUUUUUCGUAAGUCUUGCUUUCUCUAAGGAAGGAGAAGACAAAGGAGCUUCAGAGGUUCAAUUAAUAAAGAUAAACAUAGUAUCUCAACAAUAUGGUGCUGUAUAAAACCAAACCCCAUGGUGGAUGAGGUUUUGCCCAGAAAAUUAGGAAAACUUGAUAAGCUCAUUUUUACAUUUCGCCAGUAGCAGUGAGAUCUGUUUGUAUUCAAAGAUUUAUGUAAAUUAUCACAUACUUAAUAAUUGCAGCAAGCAAGCAAGCAAACUAGAGAAAAUCCUGUGUCUUGGCAAAGGCCAAUGCCAGGGCUGGGCUAGUGAUCCUUCAGUAUAGGGAUUCCCAUUGCCAUUUCAGCCCAGAGAGCAGAUGCACUACAGGUCAUAUCUGACUAGCAGGCACACUGUCUAGCUGGCUGGCAUCACAGGAAAGCCCGGGGUCUUGCUGACUGAGGUAGAGCAGUUGAUACAGCAGAAGAAGGAAUGCCAUCCAGAGGGACUUUGAUAAACUCGAAAGGUGGGCCCUUGUGAGCCUAAUGAGGUUCAACAAAGCAAAGUGCAAGGUUUUGCACUUGAGUUGAGGCAAUGCCAGACAUGUAUAUGGACUGGGAGAACUCCUUGAGAGUAGCCUUGCUAAGAAGGACUUAGGGUUCCUGGUUGAUGAAGAACUUUACAUGAGCCAACAGGAUACACUUGCAGCCCAGAAGGCCAACGGUAUCCUGGGUUCCAUCAGAAGAGGAGGGAGGCCAACAGGGGGAGGGAAGGGAUUGUACCCCUCUAUUCCAAAUUAAUGAGGACCCAGCUGGAAUCCAGCAGGCGUCCAAGUCUGGGACCCCCAGCACAGGGGAGGACUAUGAAAAUGAUCUAAGUGCUAGAGCUAUGAAGACAGGCUGAAGGAACUGGGCUUGUUCAGCCUGGAGAAGAGAAGGCUGUGAGGAGAGCUCACUAUGGCCUUCCCGUAUUUGAAGGGAGUUUAUAAACAAGAAGGAAAUCAACUUUUUACUUGGAUAGAAAGUGAUAGAACAAGGGGGAAUAGUUUUAAAAUAGAGGAAAAGAGAUCUAGAUUAGAUGCUGGGAAAAUCUGUUUUCUGAGAGAGUGAUGAGGUGCUGAAACAGGUUGCCCAGAGAGGUUGUGGAUGCUACUCAUCCUUGGAGGUGCUUAAGUCCCAGUUGGGUGGGGCCCUGGGCAAUCUGAUCUAGCAGUUGAUCUAGGAGCUGGCAACUCUGCCUGUGGCAGGGAACUCGAUGAUCCUUGAGGUCUCAUCUAACCCUAACAAUUCUAUGAUUCUGUGGCUUGCUUCAGGGCUUACCAGCAUGGCUGUAGGACCACUUGGUACUAAAGCUGCCUGCCUGUAGCGAUAACUGCUAAUCCACUGAGAACAUUUUUUUGCCCCUCAACCUCAAACCUGAGCAACCAGCUUCUGAGGGGAAGCUGGAGAAUGCAUAUUCUCCAACAUUUAAUUUAAUUACAUGUGAGUUGAUUAAGGAUGUUAUCUUCAUUUCCAAGGGAAAUGAAACAUUCAUUCAGAGUCGUGUCAGAGCUCUAGCUGAAGGCUGCCAGGUCUCAGCACUGGCUUCUUUUUGCAGCUUCCAGUGGGGUCUUGGUCUUUCCUCACAGCACAGGCAUUGUCUGACCCAGAACACAGCUUCUUGCUUUAUUGUUCUGAAGGGCCUGAAUGCAGCUAGAACAAAGAGCAGCUAUUCUAUCCAGGCUCUAACAAGAAGGUUUUUAUGUUCUAGUUAGCACAGAUCAGUCCAGUUCCAAAAAAUGCAAAUGCCUUUGCCCCAUCUGGUAGGAACUGUAACAAGGCCUCUGGGAGGCCAGUGGCAGGAAGAUGUAGAUAAAGGGAAAACAGAGGGGCAAAAAGAGAAGUCAGAAGAAGUAAGAGAGAUCGUCACCACCACUGUUACUGCUUCACAGAAUUGUAAUCUUUUGUAUCUCUUCGCAACAGGAGGUAAAUAAUAAAACACAGGGGAGGGAAAAAAUUUAAAAUAAAUGUAGUGUGUGAGUGCAUGUUAAAACAGAUGUCAGAUUAAAAAUAACUGAAAAGGAAAUUCUACUGUAGGGGGAAAGCUGCUUUUUCCUUCAGCAUUUUAUAUUCCACCUUCAUUAGGCGGAAAGUGAAAGAACUGUAAAAGAAAAGGGGAACUUUUGUUGAUUCCCUCUGAACGCUAAGAGAAGCCUAAUGUGAGUGUGGGGGCAUGUUCUGUGGUGCAGUGCUGCAGCAAUUCUCAGGGUGAAGCCCAGGAGCAGCAGGGACGUUAAGCAGAUGCAACCGCGUGUGCCAACCUCUGGGACUUGGAGCUUUAAGCCUGCGGUGCUGCAUAUCCAGAUAGUUUCAUCCCCUCCAUUCUCCUUCAGUCCCUUCAGGGUUGACGAGUCCUCUAAUGUUUAAAAAAAAAAAUAAACCCUGCAGCCUGCUAGGAUCACGUUAUCCAGUAAUGCCCCUUAACUAUAGAUUUAGGCACCAGGGACUUUUUUCUAGUUUCUUCAGCCCUUUUAAGCAGGCUGUGUCAGUGUUUGACGACAGCAGAGCGGGGAACAUCUACACAAGCAUAUUUUUCCCCACAUGGCUGCCAAAGAACACUGAUCAUUGUGGUACUCAUGAAAAUGGCAGUGCCACUCCAUAAAACAGUCACAGCACUCUUCUGCUAAAUGUGCUUCAUGAUGGCUCCUUGAAAUUUGUGAUGUGAAAAGUGGCCUGGCCUGCACAUGUCUAAAGCCAAAGAAGCUAUAAAUAAACACCUGGAAAUUGUGCUGAGCCUGGACUGGGAGCUGGAGUGCUAGCAUGGGUAGUUUGGCUUGUUCCCACAACAAUAUUCCUACAGUGUUGCAGCAAAAAUUCCCACAACUCCUAUUUCUUUCAGACACUCAAGCUAAUGAGGAAGCAGCCAAGACAGAAGUAGAAAACAUCCUAGAGGCUAUCCCUGCAAGGCUGAAGGCAGAGUGGUUUCCCAACUUUCAAAACUUGUAUUGGGCUCAUACAGUAAUUGCCAGGGAAGAUCACAAACCAGAAUCUUCCUAAUGAGAAGUGACGACAAGCAGAAGCAGCUUGUCCCUACAGAAGUUUAACCUGGAACAUCUUCACCUAGCCAGCUUGGGUUUUAGCAGGUAUGUUAGCAAUGCAUGAGAGUCCUCUGCUUGUGAAAUGCCUUGCAUUGGACUACAACCAGAUCAGGCUGUUUUAGUGUGCUGCAGAAAGUGUUCAGAGAGGUUCUGCGGGUAUUUAAGGCCACACUCUGUGCUCAUAUCAGCUCUGUCCAGUCUCAGUGUACCUGUCUCUGUGAGAUACUGAAAGAAAUGUCACCGUGGCAGUGACUGCCCCAAGCAGGCUGUGGGCAAGGUGCGGGGCUGAGGUCUCCAGGAGCCUUCACCUGUGCUCCUUCUGUUGGUCUUGUGCCAUUCAUUGCCCACCUCUGCACCUCACUGAAAACUCAGGACUUUCUGCUCAGAGUAAAUUAAUAAAUGAAUAAAUGGAAGUCACUUCAACUGCAGGAAGAUAACCAUCUGCUCUUAAAUGAAUAUGUCUUUUCAGAGUUGCCUCCACCAGGGCAGAUUUCUUUGUUAAGCAUUGAUUCUGUUUCAUUUUCCUGAACAGCUCUGCCAUUUUCUCCAUUAGAGGGCUGUAGAGCAGUAUGUUACAGUAUUUUAGAACACAAAUGGAUAUAUAUAUAUUUGAGGCCUAAUUUUCUUCUGUAUUGCUCUCCUGAAACUCAGUGAGUGAAAGUGGACCAUGAAAGUGGUGCAAUACAGAACAAAAAUGCACAGCACCUUAGAAUACAUCAGAGCUCUGGGUUUUGCUGACAAUGUUCAGAAACUCAGAGCUGGUAAGACUUUUAGACACGUGUGUGAUGGGUGAGGCAGAUGAGUGAGUCAGUUGCUGUUAGCACACACUACAAUUGGUCAAUAGGAUAUGUUUUGAUGGAAAAGUAGCAAAAAGCACGUGCAAAGCAUAAGUAAAGCUUUGAAUUCUUAUGAACUACGUAUAGGCAGAGGCUAAAUUAAGAAUGUUAUAGGCUCCAUACUGCUCCAGCUGUGAUACUGACAAGCUAAUUGUACAAACUACAAUUUUCCAGGCAGAUAUCUUCCUCAGCUAAACUUUAUUCAAAACAAACAAACAAACAGAAAAUAAAGCUGGAAAAAAAAAAAAAAA